AUGGCGACCGUUCAGCAGCUCCUUUUCCGUGCCGACAGCGAUGUCCUGCCCAAAGAGCCUGCCGUGGACUCCAUUCCCGAUUCAAUUGUCACAAAUGAAAAAUCUGCUACCAUCAUCGCACCCGAAGUGACCGAGUCAACAGAUGUCACGAAAGCUCCCCUUGAAGAGCCUCUGGUUUCUGAAGCUCAGGACAAGAUUGCCGAUUCUACUGCGACAUUGGUUGAGGCCGAGACUGCCGACAAGGAAGCACACACCGAGCCUGAGCCUUCAGCCGAAAAGGCUGAGAAAGUCGAGACCAACACCGACGCCGAAGCUGAGGUUAAGUCCGACGAAAAGGAGGAGGUCACGGAGUCCACGGCACCCGUCACUGAAGAGGCAGCUCCUGCUGUGACCUCAGAGAAGGAGGCAGCUCCCGAGACUGAGACCGCCGACGUUCCUGCAAAGGAAGAGACUAUCGACACCAUUGAGGCCCCUGCUGCCACCGAGGAGAAGCCCAUCGAAGCUGUUGCCGAAGAGGCCAAGCCCAAGGAGGCUGCACCAGUCGUCGCCGAAGCCGAAAAGACCACAGAAGAGACUCCCGCCGAGAAGGCCGAGGAGACCAUCCCCGAGGCUCAAUCUGCAGAGGCCGCAGCCAAAGAGUCCGCACCUGUCGAAGCUCCGAAAGAGGCCGAGCCCCAACCUGAGACGCCCGCCGCAGAGGAGAGCACGCCCGAGGUGGCUAUCGAGUCAGCUGUUGAAGAAUCUAAGCCUGUGGAGAAGGUCGCGGAGGCCACCGCCCCAGUGACUGAGGAACCUACCGCUGAAGCUCCAGUUGAGGAGUCUAAGCCUGCCGAAGAGUCGAAGGUUGCUGAGGUUCCCGAGUCUACUGAAGCCCCCGUGGAGGAGGCCAAGGCCACCGAAGAGGUUGCCGCUCCCGCUGCUGAGCCUGUAGCCGAGGAGACGCCCGCUACUGAAUCGGCCGCCGAAGAAUCGAAGGCGGUCGAGGAGGUUCCCGAGCCCGUCACCGAGGAGAAGGCUGCCCCCGAGGCCCCCGUGGAGGGAUCGAAGGCUAUUGAAGAGACUCAUGCCCCUGCCGAGCCUGUGACCGAGGAAGUUGCUGAGCCUACUGCUGAGGUCCCCGUGGAGGAGACUAAGGCUACUGGAGAGGCUGCCGCUCUCGUCGCUGAGCCUGUCGCCGAAUUGGCCGAAGAACCAAAGGUCGAGGCCGUUGCAGAGCCCACCGAGGAGCCCGUUAUUGAAGAGAAGCCCGCCGUCGAGGCCGUUCCCGAGGAGACCAAGGCUACCGAGGCCGCUCCCGAAACCACUGAGGAGCUUAUCGCCGAGGAGAAGCCUGUCGAGGAGACCAAGGCUGUCGAUGUUACUGACAUCACCGCUGAGGAGGAGGCCAUCACCGAACCUGCCACUGAGGAGACCCAGCCUGCUACUGAAUCGACCGAAGAGCCCACGGCCGCCGAGGUCGUUCCCGAAGUCGCUGAGACUGUCGCCGAGGAGGUUGCUGAGCCUGUCAAGGAGACCGUGGUCGAAGAGUCUGUUCAGGAACCUGCUGUCGAGUCUGCUGAGGCCAUUGCUGAGGAGCCUGCUACUAAGGAGGUCGUUCCUGAGCCCACCGAGACUGUCACCAAGGAUGUGACUGAGGAAGCUCCCGUUGAGCAGCCCGCCACUGAGGAGUCGGUUGCUGAGCCAGUCAAGGAGGUUGAGGCUGCCGAGCCCGUUGCCGAGCAGGCUGAGCAUGUUGCUGAGGAAUCUACUGAGGUGAAGCCCGCUGUCGAGGAGCCUGCUACUGCUCCCGCCAAUGAGGAGACCGUUGAGACUCCUGCUGUCGAAACCCCUGCCACCGAAGCCACUCUCGAAGUCGCCACUGAGACCACCGAGGAGGCUGCUCCCGCUGCUGUCGCCGAAGAGAAGGUCGAGGAAACUACUGAGGCCGAGCCUGUCCAAGAGACCGCUGAGAAGACCAUCGAAGAGGUCCCAGCUGUCGAAGAGCCUAUCUCUGAAGCUCCCAAGGAGACAGCCCCCGAGGCCACCCCUGUUGAGGCCAACGUCGUCGAGGCUGUCGUUCCUGCCACCGAGGAGACUCAGGUUCCCGCUGCUGAGGUCGUGGAGGAGAACACCGAGGAAGUCGCCGUUGAGGAGCCUAAGGAAGUCGCCAAGACCGAGGAAGUGACUGAGCCUACCGUCGAAGAGCCCGUUGCCGAGAAGGCCGUCGAGGAGCCAAUUGCUGAGACUGCGGUCCCCGGGCCUGUUGCUGAGGUUCCCGUCGUUGAGGAGACUCCCAUUGAAGUCGCUGCUGAGACCCCUGCUCCCGCUGACAUUCCUGAGGAGAAGGUCGAGGAGAAGGUCGAGGAGAAGGAAGUUGAGGAUGUUCCUGCCCCUGUUGAAGAAACCGUCUCCAAGGACGCCGAGCCUUCUACUGCCGAGGAAGAGGUGGCUGUUGGCGCUGCUGCUGUCGCUGCUGGCAUUGCUGCUGUUGGUGCGGCUGCUGCCUCCGAGGAGGCUUCUGAGCCUGUUGCUGAUAAGGAGAUUGCUGACGUUGCUACCGUUCCUGAGCCUGUCGCUAAGACUAUCUCUGAGACUGUGGCCGAGACUGUCGCUGAGGCCACCGCUGAGACCGCUGCUGAGCCCACUGCUGAGCCCGCUGCUGAGCCCGCUGCUGAGCCCGCUGCUGAGCCCGUCGCUGAGCCCGUCGCUGAGCCCGUCGCUGAGCCCACUGCUGAGCCCACUGCUGAGCCCGCUGCUGAGCCCGUCGCUGAGCCCGUCGCUGAGCCCGUCGCUGAGCCCGUCGCUGAGCCCGUCGCUGAAGCUGUUGUCGAGGAGGUGGUUCCCGAGACUGUUCCAGCUGUCGAGGAACCUGCAACUGAAGCUCCCGCCGUCGAGACGGUCGAAGAGGUGAAGGAGGCCGCCGCUCUUGAGCCCGCCCAAGAGCCAGAAGCUGCCCAGGAGGAGACUCAGCUCGAGGAAGCUGCUGCCCCCGGCCCAGCUGCCACCGAGACUGUUCCUGAGCCUACCAAUGUUGAGGAGUCUACCCCCGAGGAGGCUGGCAAGACAGAGGCGGAGGUCCCAGCUGAGGCUGAACCUGUCAAGGAGGAGACCAAGCUCGAGGAAACUGCUGCCCCCGGCCCAGCUGCCACCGAGACUGUUCCUGAGCCUACCAAUGUUGAGGAGUCCAUCCCCGAGGAAACUGCUACCCCCGCCCCAGCUGCCACCGAGACUGUCCCUGAGCCUGUUGACGUGAAGGAGGCUGAGCCCGAGGCUGCAGCUCCCGCUGAGACUCCCGUUGAGGAGGCCCAACAGGAAGAUGCCAAGGAUGACGCUCUUACUUCCGAGAUCCUUGGCGGUGCUGCUGCUGCCACCGCUGCUGCAGGUGUCGCCGCAGUUGGUGUGGCUGCUCUUUCCCAUGAGGAGUCCCCCGCAAAGGACCAGAAGGAUACUCAGACCUCUGAGGCAAGCAAGGGGCCAACCUUCGAGACUGACAACCAGCCCGAGGUUGCCGCCGCCAACGCCCAACCCCAAGACGGUAAGCCAACACCGUUCUAUCUUUCGCAGCAACCCUCUGUCAUGUCGUUCGAAACUGAUCCCAUUCUUGCAGCUCUCGCUGGUGACCGCGAUGCCCUGCUCAACAAGCUCAACCAGCCCUCCACUGACCAGCUGACCGCGGCUUCCGCUGACAAGACCGCCCAGCCCACUGCUGAGUCUACCCAGGAGCCCACCGAGUCUUCCUCCAAGCCUUCCGAUGCCCUUGCACCCAAGAACAACGUUGAUGAUGCUCGCCCAGCGAGCCAGAACCGGUCAGUGUCUGCUGUUUCUCUGAAUAAUGCACCUGACAGCUGGCUCAAGGCCAUCCUGCGCUCUGUCUUUGUGGGCUUCUUUGGGGCCAUUUUCUCUCCUUUCCGUCGUGGAAAGUCCUCCAACUAG